CCCCCACUUAUUUGACAAGUGGCUGUUUGGAUGUAAGAAGCUGGGGCUCUUUUUAAGUAGAAGUGUGCUCCUGAUUCUGGGUCUAGGUUUUGGUUAAGAAAUCUGGGAUCUUCUUUUCAAGUUUGGACAUACUCCUCGCUCAGAUGGCAGGAUCAUUCAAGUGGACAGAAGAUUUACAUGCACUCUUUGUUGAACUAUGUGCUACUGAGGUGUUCAAGGGCAAUCAGGUUGGGGCAAGUUUAAGCAAAGAAGCUUGGGCUAGGGUGCGUAAAGAACUUACCGCACAAAAGAAAGUGGUGUGCGUUCAUAAGCAGCUUAAGAAUCACUGGGAAAAAAUGAAAGAUGAAUAUCAAACUUUUAAGAAACUAAAAUUUGGGGAGAGUGGCUUGACCUGGAAUGAGAGUACAAAAAUGAUUGAGGCACCGGAAUUAUGGUGGCUACAAAAGAUACAGGUGAAUCCUAAAUUCAAAAAAUUCAGGAACAAGGAUCUGUCCCUUAUCAUGACUUAUUACGAGACUUUGUUCGGUAACAUUGUUGCUACUGGUGAAAGGGCAAGGACUGCAGACACGUACUCUGCAGUUAAUCUUGAAACUGGUGUGGAGUUUACCGAUGAUGCAGGUGAUGAUGGAAAGGAAGGCAUUGGUGAUAGCGAGGACAAUAACAUGCAAUUACCGCCUAAUCUGUUUCCAUCCACCUCACUCAAAUUUGGUAAAAGUAGAGGUUCGAAGCGGAAGAGAUCAGGGGUAGAAAUGAUAUGCGAUUGCUUAGACAGGCUAGUUGCUGCAAUGUCUUCAAGAAGCACUCAGUCAACUGCUGCACAGCUGAAAGCGGCUAAUGACAAUGCUGCCUUAAAAGAGGCAUUUGAUAUACUUAAUAAUAUGGAGCAGGAGCAGGUUAUUCCUGGCAGCGAUUUAUAUUGUUUUGCGGCCCAAGUCUUUAUGCAUGACAGGCAUAACAGGUGCUUCUUUCUAAAGGCACCCAGUAAUGAUGUUCGCCUUCAACAGCUACUCUAUGCAUUUAAAGCUGCAGGGCACAACUUUGGCGGCCAGUGAGUGUGCCCAUAUACAGCCUUGUGGCAACUAACGGUUAGCAGUAACGGAUUGUAAUAGAUGUUUUGAUUGAAGCGGUUAGCAGUAAUGGAUUAUAUUAGAUGUUUUGAUUGAAGCAGUUGUAUUUUCACUAGCAAAUUGAAAUAGUUGUUUUGUGUGAAA